UGAGCCUCGGGGAACGGGGAGAAACAGAGCCAGGAGUUGGGCAAGUGGCGGCUGCGCGCUGAUCGGCCCCACCUCCUCCCCCUCCCCGCCACCGUCAUGGCUCGGGCGGUGUGAGCGCGACUUCUGGUCGGUUGGUGAUCGUUAGCGCACGGAGCCUGAUGUGAGGAAUACCCCUCGCACCAACCACAGGCGAAAGGAAACCAGACCGCGUUUGUUGGGCAGGAAGGGAGAAGGAAUUGCCAUGCCGGACCAGAUCACAGUGUCGGAAUUCGUGGCCGAGACGAAUGAGGAUUAUAAAUCUCCGACUGCCUCCAGCUUCACCACCAAGAUGAGCCAGUGCAGGAACACAGUGGCUGCCUUGGAAGAGGCACUAGAUGUGGAUCGUGGAGUAUUACAAAAGAUGAAGAAAUCUGUUAAAGCUAUUUACACAUCUGGACUAGGGCAUGUAGAAAAUGAAGAACAGUACACACAAGCAUUGGAGAAGUUUGGUGGUAACUGUGUCUGUCGUGAUGAUCCUGAUCUUGGCACAGCUUUUCUGAAGUUUUCAGUCUUCACAAAAGAGUUAACUGCACUAUUCAAAAACCUGAUUCAGAAUAUGAACAAUAUCAUCACUUUUCCUCUGGAUAGCUUAUUGAAAGGAGAUCUGAAGGGAGUUAAAGGGGAUCUUAAGAAGCCUUUUGAUAAAGCCUGGAAGGAUUAUGAAACAAAAGUUACAAAGAUUGAAAAGGAGAAAAAAGAACAUGCCAAACAACAUGGUAUGAUCCGUACAGAAAUAAGUGGAGCAGAAAUUGCUGAAGAAAUGGAAAAAGAGCGGAGAUUUUUCCAAUUACAGAUGUGUGAGUAUUUGCUUAAGGUUAAUGAGAUCAAGAUUAAGAAAGGCGUUGAUUUACUCCAGAAUCUCAUUAAAUAUUUCCAUGCACAAUGCAACUUUUUUCAGGAUGGCUUGAAGGCUGUAGAAGGUUUAAAACCCUCCAUGGAAAAGUUGGCGACAGAUUUGCAUGCUAUCAAGCAGGUGCAGGAUGAAGAAAGAAAACAGCUUGUUCAGCUUCGGGAUGUACUUAAAGCAGGACUUCAGGUUGAACAAAAAGAGGAUUCGCAGGUUCGGCAGAGCACCAUGUACAGCUUGCAUCAACCUCAAGGAAACAAAGAACAUGGAACAGAAAAAAGUGGUGCUUUGUAUAAAAAAAGUGAUGGGCUUAGGAAAGUGUGGCAGAAAAGGAAAUGUACAGUAAAAAAUGGUUAUCUAACGAUUUCACAUGGAACAGUUAAUAGACCACCAGCGAAGCUUAAUCUACUUACAUGUCAGGUGAAAGCAAAUCCUGAAGAGAGAAAAUGUUUUGAUCUCAUAUCACAUGAUAGAACAUACCAUUUUCAGGUGGAUGAUGAGCAGGAAUGCCAAGUCUGGAUUUCCGUUUUGCAGAACAGUAAAGAAGAGGCUUUGAACAAUGCUUUCAAGGGGGAUCAUAAUGCAGGAGAAAAUAACAUUGUCCAGGAAUUAACAAAAGCAAUUAUUUUAGAGGUGCAGCGGAUGACCGGAAAUGAUGUGUGUUGUGACUGCAGAGCACCAGAUCCGACAUGGCUUUCUACUAAUUUGGGAAUUUUAACAUGCAUUGAGUGCUCUGGAAUUCACAGGGAACUGGGAGUUCAUCAUUCCAGAAUACAGUCCCUUACGUUGGAUGUAUUAGGGACAUCAGAACUCUUGCUAGCUAAGAACAUUGGGAAUGCAGCAUUUAAUGAGAUUAUGGAAGCUGGUCUGUCAUCAGAUGGAACUGUCAAACCUAAUCCAAAUAGUGAUAUGGUUGCCCGAAAAGACUACAUUACGGCUAAAUAUAUAGAACGGAAGUAUGCAAGGAAAAGGUCCACUGACAAUGCUGCCAAACUUAGCCUUCUCUGUGAUGCAAUUAAAGCAAGAGACAUUUUUGCAUUAAUUCAGGUGUAUGCUGAUGGUGUCGAUCUUACUGACCCAAUACCUUUGGCAAAUGGACAUGAACAAGGAGAAACUGCACUUCAUCUUGCGGUAAGAUUAGUGGACAGAACAUCACUUCAUGUAGUUGACUUUCUAGUACAAAACAGUGGGAAUCUUGAUAAACAGACUAACAAAGGCAGUACAGCAUUACACUAUUGCUGUCUAAAUGAUAACGUGGAGUGUCUUAAAUUGCUUUUGAGGGGCAAAGCUUCCAUUGAAAUAGCCAAUGAAGCAGGGGAAACACCACUUGAUAUAGCUAAACGCUUAAAACAUGCUCAGUGUGAAGAAGUGCUUAUACAAUCGUUAUCAGGAAAAUUCAACGCACAUGUGCAUGUAGAAUAUGAAUGGAGGUUGCAUCAUGAAGAUUUGGAUGAAAGUGAUGAUGAUAUUGAAGACAAGCAAUCCAGUCCCAAUAGACCCAUCAGUUUCUAUCAAUUAUCAUAUCAGUCAGGAGUAAACCAGCUUCAGCCUCCAGCAUCCCAUGCAGUGCUGCCAAGAGAUUCGACCAUUAAAGACAAGCAGCGACCAUUCAUUCCAAGUAUGCUGAAUAACGAGACAUAUGGAACUGUACUGAGCUCCAGCCCUCCUCCUCCUGUAACGAUUGCUCCUCCUCUUCCGCCAAGGAACAUCAACAAAGCUCAACCUUUGGUUCCUGGUGUUCAGACAACUACAUCAUCAAGUGUUUGGAAGUCAGCACCAAUUGGAAUGGAUACUACAAGUAGGCAAAGAUCUGCUUCAGAUCCACCAAAUCUUCAUCCACCUAUACCACCAAUCCGUGUGACAUCAGCAACAGCAAACCCUUCACCUCCAACUCCAGUGGCGAAAACUAACAGUGUCAUUGAAGCAAUGAGCCUGCAGGUAAAGCAGUCACAAUCUUCACAGCAGCAACCAGGUUCUCUGCAGCAAGUUUCCCAGAACAAAAAAACACCCCCACCGCCACUGCCUCCACAGCCACCGCUUCGCACUUCACAACAGAAAUCAUUGGCCAGUUCUGAUCGAACACCCACACCUAAAAGACCAUCAACAGUACUUGGAUCAGUGCAAUCACUGCCUUCAGGUGAUGCUUCUGUGACAUCUCAAGCUGCACCAAAAAAGCCAGGACAUGCACCUAAUUCAGCAAAUUUAAACAAGGCUCCAGCACCAAUGCCACGCAAGUCUCAAAUGAUAAAGUCUAAGCCAAGAAGAGUAAAAGCAAUUUACAACUGUAGUGCAGAUAAUCCUGAUGAGCUCACUUUCUCAGAGGGUGAGAUUAUUGUUGUUGAUGGUGAGGAAGAUCCAGAGUGGUGGAUUGGCCACAUUGAAGGAGACCCAAAGCGAAGGGGCGUAUUCCCAGUGACAUUUGUGCACUUCAUUCCUGACUAAGCUCUUUCAGAAGUGGGAAAAAAACAAUUUGAUUAUGGUACCAUAUCCUGAUGACAAGAAAUGCAUCUUUUAGCAGGAUAGCCAAAUCACUUCUUAGAUGGAGGAUGUUAUAAAUAUCUAGUUCUCAAAUAUGUUUUCUUGUUGAAGUAUUUGCACUUUCAAUACAACUGGAGAUUCAUUUUUAUAACAUGUAGACUUCUUAUGUCUGUAAAUUCGCUAUGGUGCAAGUAGGUACUUGGGGAUGGAAAGAAUGCUAUUCUUAGAUAGCGAGUAGCUCACAUCACUAACUUAAAUGUUGAAAUAUGUAGCAGCAACAAUUAAGCAAAAUUGGAGAACACAAGUAUUGAUUAAAAUGAUAUAAUUCACAAAUCAGGUAAUGAAUUUAGAAAGCAUGCUGUUUUUGUGAACUUCAUAAUUUCCAUAAAGCCUUAAAGCACUACUAUAAAUCUGAAACAAUACCCGUUUCCAUACUGGUUUUAAUUUAAAUCUGUAAUUUUCUUAAGCAUUCAUGAACACAGGAUUAUAAUGAUGUAAAUAUGAAUAUUUUUCAAUAUGCAGCUAAUGAACAGCAAUAAUAUCCAACAUAGUUGUUAUUCAAGGGAAAGGAUUAGUGAUGGAAAUUCAGACAUUAUUUGGGAUCCUUUACGUAUUGUGUUGCAUCAUAUAGUUUAAUAAAAAUUAUGUUUAACUAGUUAAAUCAUUUUUAAAAAAAGAAAUUCAGUGUUGCGCAGGCUUUUUUUAAAAGUCUGCAUAGAAUUAUUGAUUUUUAUUCAGGACAAACAUUUUCAAGAAAAUAAAUUAGAAUGUGUAGUGCAAACCAUUUCUGGUGACCUUCAUCUCAAACACUUCUUGCAGUGGUCUUUCUGGCCUGUUAUUGAUAAUUAGUGUUUUAACUUAUUAGAUGUGUUAAUUUUCUUUUUAAAAGAUGCCCUGAAUUCUAAUGUGUAGGAAUGCAAAUUUGAAAAUUAUUUUGGACUAGCAAUAAGAUUAACAAUUGCAGCCUAUCAAAUUUAAUUAAAUAUGGCUGUAAUUAUUAUCCAAAUGGAGAAAUUAACCUUUGUAUGUAAUACAAAUUAAUACUGAAGAUGUUGACAUCAUUCAGCUCUAUUACUUUCUAUUUGUGGGUAAAAGGAUCAUAAAAAUGUCUGGACAGGAUAAAUAUUGCUAUCUCAUGUCAUUGCCUGUGAGUAAUAUUUAGAGCCGUUAAGACAAAAACUAUUUGGGAUAUGGUGUAAAAUGAAUACAAAUAUGACAAACUUGGUAUUUGUUGCAGAGCAACACUAUAUAUAUUGUAAAUGUUAAGUCCUAUAAUACUUUUACAUUUCUUUGCAAUGAUUGACAAUUAGAGCAUGUGUAAUGUACUGUAUAUCUCUGUUUUAACAUUGGAAUUAAUUCAGAAAUAAAGUUAUUAAACCAAAGCCUGCUUCAGAAUGCAGGUCUAUUUCUCAUGAUUUGAAUGAGACAUAGUUAAUUUGCUAUUUGGAAAAACAGCAUCUGAUGAAAUAUUGUACAAAAUCAAAUCUAAAGUGUUUGAAAAUCCAUCCACUGAAUCAAGUUAAGGCAGCUUUAUUUGUUAACUAUAAUUUUGUUAAUCAGUACAUGUGCACAAAAUCAGUUCAUUCCAUUAAAGACUGAAAUUGAGAGACUUUUGUCUUGAAUAUACCUAUUUUACUCAUGACGUUUCUUUUAGCUGUUAAAGGGAAUAAUAUCUUGUUUUGCACACUAAAGCCCAGAAUAUCUAUAUUUCGAACUUAAUGUUAGUAAUAAAGAUGAAAACUUUUCCCCCAUAUAUGACAUUGUGUACCUUCACAUUGAGAUUAAUUUUAAAGAACUAACUCAAGCUCAAAAAUAGGAAAAGCCUAUGUGACAGUGUUAUGCUGCUGAAGCCCAGUGAAUGGCCAUCAUUGGUGAUUGCUGUUUAAGAUUUUUUCCAAAAUAUUCAUUAAGAGUAUUACAUAGUUUCUAAUACUUAAGUGCUUAAUUUUCUGUAGGUUAAAAUAUAUAAUUGAAAUGUGUGUUAUGUUUAAUUUUCUGUUCUGUAAAUGCAAAAUUGAAGGCUGAUAUUAAUGGUUUGUAUAAAUUUUUUUUAUUGAGUAUUCCAAGAUGAAAUCCAGCAGCUGUUCUAAAAUUAUAUUGGCUGUUUGCUUGUUUUACAGUUUGAGUUAAAGAGAUUAACUAAUUCUUGAACCAUGAAAUGUAUCUCAAGUUCAACAUAGCAUUUGAUUGUUAUAGUAUUAAAGCAUAGUUUACUUGGAUAAUUUACUUUAAUAACUAUCUGAAUUAUGAUCUUGGUUUAAACAAAGAAAAGCUGGUUAUCAAAUAGUUCCUUGCAUUGAUUAUUUUACCAUCCUGAACAAUGGACACAUUUCUGAUUGAGUUUUCUAACCACAAUUCCCCUCCUCUAUUAAUAUUAUCCAUCAAAGUCUUCACACUUUCCAACAAAAAACACACUUCAAUCUCCACAGGUUGCUAUCAGGUAGAUACAGCACUGUACAAGGGUCUUCCUCAGGUUUUAAGCAAAUCAGAACAUCCUGUAUGUUUGCCUCCUGCUGUCAGUCUCAUUUUAAGAAUGCCUAUUGUACCAUGUUAAUUCAUGAGGUGCCAACGUGAUGCCAGAGACAGUCUUUAAAGAUAGCUAUCCUGCCUUUGCCCAUACAGAAGGGGGCUUAGAGCCUGCCAUAUGUCUUUACAGUUGGUCAUAGUUGUUGACUAGCUUUGUUUUGAGCAGGAUGACUUCAUGUUAUUUAUCUGCUAGGUUCACUGCAGUUAAAUAAAUAGUUCUUAUCUACUGUCCAAACAUAAUUCAGACAACUUCGCGUUUUGAAGAAAAGUCUCUGACCUGAAACUCUUCUCUUUCCAGAGAUGUUGCUUGACCUGCUGUUGGUUUCUAGUAUAUUCUGUUUAUAUUUAUAAUUCUGCUAACACUUUUUGGAUUCUUGCUAUUAUUAUCUAUUUGAUAUUCCCCUCAUUAAUCUUGGGGUAAAUAUAGUUUGCCUUUCCAUGUUUUUACAAUUGCAAAUCUGUUAAUUUGAUACAAACUGGAUUUAAACUUAUGGUAUUACAGGACUAAUUCCACAUAAUGUGUGGGCACAUGGCCAAGUGGUUAAGGCGUUUGACUAGUGAUCUGAAAAUCGUGAGUUUGAGCCCCAGCCAAGUAAGCGUGUUGUGUCCUUGAGCAAGGCACUUAAUUAUACAGUGCUCUGUGACGACACUGGUGCCAAGCUGCAUCGGCUCUUGCCCCUCCCUUGGACAACAUCGGUGUCAUGGAGAGGGGAGACUUGCAGCAUGGGCAACUGCCAGUCUUCCAUACAACCUUGCCCAGGCCUGCGCCCUGGAAAGUGAAGACUUUCCAGGCGCAGAUCCAUGGUCUCGCAAGACUAACGGAUGCCUUUAAUUCCACAUAAUUUAAUAAGAAAGCAGUUUUUUCCCCCCAAUAACAUACAUAAUGCUUCAGACGAAAAC